GCUGUACCUUAUGCUGUUCCACACAGUUUCCACCUGUCUCCCAGGUCUGGCUUUGGUCAGUGCUGGCCUUCCAUAUGAAGUUUCUGAGGCCAGAUGACACUCACACAAACACACCAGCCUUUGAAAGCUCCUGAGGUUGGUUUGUUAUGCAUGCAAAGGGCGGUUUUGGACUUGAGAGUUGGUCCUCGUCUGGAGAGAUGAGAGGGAGGGUGUUUGAGAGGGAGAUGAAUAAAUUGCAUGCACACACACCGGAUCAGCUUCAUUCAAAAAAAGGUCUCACCAUGGAGUUCAAAGGAGUGUGUGUGCUGAUGGGAGUGCUGCUUCUCGUGAACAGCUCUGUUCAGCAGACUUCACUGAGGAAGAAGCCACUGAAAAAAGAAAUAACAAAGGAUCCUGCAGUAGUGGAGCUACAGAAACAGAUCGACGACAUUGUCCAGGAGCUCAACUUACUGAAAGAACAACAAGCCCUGCAGACAGUCUGUUUGAAAGGCGUAAAAAUCCAUGGCAAGUGUUACUUGGCUGACCCUCUGAGAAAACGCUAUCACACUGCCAGUGAGGACUGCAACGCCCUGGGUGGAGUCCUUGGCACGCCCACAUCUAGCGAUGCAAACGACCAGCUCAGAGACUACAUCCGCCAGAGCAUCGGCCCAGAUGAGCAGAUCUGGCUUGGCGUCAACGACAUGACGACCGAGGGCACCUGGAUGGACACGUCUGGUUUCAGUAUUUUGUACCAAAACUGGGACACUUCCAACUCCCGGUCCCCUCAGCCGGAUGGUGGGACGUCCCACAACUGUGUUUGCAUGUCCUUGACCUCUAACGGGAAGUGGUUUGACGAAAACUGUCGUGACGAGAAGCCCUCUGUCUGCCAGUUUAAUAUUGUUUGAUCUCAUUUCUCUCAUCAGUACUCAUGGUUUUAGCUGCUUUCACUGUGUACUCUUUGCUGCAAUACCAUUUUACCUGCUAUUCUCAAGAGAGUUUUAAGUCAGUGGUUCUCAGCUGGUGUUGCAUUGAGACUAAAAUUUGAUGUAAAGGUCACAGUUUUAUUUUUGAAUGAUGUAACCUGGAGAUAUAUCAUUUGCAGCAUUCUUUGUGGUUGCAAUAAAACCAAGAAGAAUGCAGUUCAGUCCAAAAAAGAGAGAUUGUAUUUUCCCAAAGGACACCAAAACUGCUGCCUUCAAAGAUUGUCUUUUACUUUUAAGGUUAGAAUUUCCCCAAUAACCUUAAACAUAUUUAUUUGAUCUUAACAAUCACAAAUACCAGUAUUCCUGCAAACAAAUAUGUGUGGGUGCUGGCACCUUUCACGGAUGUAUAAAAAAAUGGGAGCAACAUUGCAUUAUUUUGAGACCUCUCAGCAGCAGUUUCUUUACUCACUGGCUGAGAAUCACUUGUUUAUGCCAAAACAUUCCUCCACAUCUACUGUAUUU